CUGGCCUCAGCCUCGCCUCUCUGUCAAAGAUGGUCGGUGAUGCCACCUGACUGAGGGUCUUUUCAGUGCAACCAUACAGCGGUUGACAUUUCGUGUUUUACACACACGUUCAUCGUUCGCUUGUGUUGAUAGGCUAUGGAAUCCCAAAUGCGGGGAGCACGAAGGUAAAAGACUGCGUUUUUAGGUGAAUACACUCGACUAUGCGAAUAGACAGAAGCUCGACACGGAAAUUGCAUGGCGAUCUUUCCCGGCAUUAAUAUAUAUUUUUAAUCUGAGAGGUCAUCCAGGCAGCCGGUUGUAAAACAACAGAACGCUGAUUGAGAACGUCCCACUGUUCAGCAGCACGAUAGGCUCCUCGUAUGCAUAUUAUGUAUAAUGAUAAAGGUCAUCUUAAAACAAGUGAAACGUUUUCCGUGGAUAACUAACGUAACCCUAUACGGCAGUUUAUUUGCCGGUGGAGAUGUCGUCCAUCAAUGGUUAUCGGGAAAGGAAAAUAUGGACUGGCAACACACCAGAAAUGUAGCAGUGGUGGCAUUCACGUUUCACGGUAAUUUUAAUUUCGUCUGGAUGAGGCUUUUGGAACGCCAGUUUCCCGGCAGCUCAGUGAGGAUGGUAGUACGAAAACUUCUAUUGGACCAGACCUUGGCGGCGCCACUGGUUACAAGCGUAUUCUACACUGGUGUUAGUUUUCUCGAAGGAAAAGACGAUAUUUUCCAAGACUGGAGGCAGAAGUUCUUCAAUACUUACCGGACUGGCUUGAUGUACUGGCCAUUUGUACAGUUCCUCAACUUUGCGUUGGUGCCCCUGUAUGUGCGUACGGCGUUCACGGGCUGCUGUGCUUUCGUGUGGGCCGUCUUCCUCUGCUUCUCACAGCAGAGCGGGGACGGGACGGCCAUGGCGGCCCUCGCCUGGAUGCGGCGCCCUGCACCAGCCUCUGGGACAGACAUAUCAGCACCAGCCUCUGGGACAGACAUCUCAGCACCAGCCUCUGGGACAGACAUCUCAGCACCAAGCGCACAAGACAAGAAGUGAACACGGAGAUGGAUGCAUAAAAAGAAAUGGAAUCUCA